GCCCUCGGAGCUGCUCGGGCUGCGCGCGGAGCGGGCUCCGGAGGGAAGUCCCGAGACAAAGGGAAGCGCCGCCGCCGCCGCCCCGCUCGGUCUUCCACCUGUCCGCGACGCUCGCCGGGGCCGCGGCCGCCCGGGGGACUCUGAACAUGUCGGGGAUCGCCCUCAGCAGACUCGCCCAGGAGAGGAAAGCAUGGAGGAAAGACCACCCGUUUGGUUUCGUGGCUGUCCCAACAAAAAAUCCCGAUGGCACGAUGAACCUCAUGAACUGGGAGUGCGCCAUUCCAGGAAAGAAAGGGACUCCGUGGGAAGGAGGCUUGUUUAAACUACGGAUGCUUUUCAAAGAUGAUUAUCCGUCUUCACCACCAAAAUGUAAAUUCGAACCACCGUUAUUUCACCCGAAUGUGUACCCCUCGGGGACAGUGUGCCUGUCCAUCUUAGAGGAGGACAAGGACUGGAGGCCAGCCAUCACAAUCAAACAGAUCCUAUUAGGAAUACAGGAACUUCUAAAUGAACCAAAUAUCCAAGAUCCAGCGCAAGCAGAGGCCUACACGAUUUACUGCCAAAACAGAGUGGAGUACGAGAAAAGGGUCCGAGCACAAGCCAAGAAGUUUGCGCCCUCAUAAGCAGCGACCUUGUGGCAUCGUCAAAAGGAAGGGAUUGGUUUGGCAAGAACUUGUUUACAACAUUUUUGCGAAUCUAAAGUUGCUCCGUACAAUGGCGAGUCACCUGGGGGGGUUGGGCGGGCGCCAUCUUCCAUUGCCGCCGUGGGUGCGCGGUCUCAAUUCGCUGAAUUGCCCGUUUCCAUACAGGGUCUCUUCCUUCGGUCUUUUGUAUUUUUGAUUGUUAUGUAAAACUCGCUUUUAUUUUAAUAUUGAUGUCAGUAUUUCAACUGCUGUAAAAUUAUAAACUUUUAUACUUGGGUGAGUCCCGCAGCAGCGAGUCCCCGCUCCGGGAUGCAGGCAUGCUUCUCACCGUGCAGAGCUGCACGUGGCCCCGGCUGGCUGUAUGGAAGCGCACCCUCCCUCCUGCCGCUCCUCUCUAGAACCUGGGCUGUGCUGCUUUUGAGCCUCAGACCCCAGGUCAGCAUCUCGGUUCUGCGCCACUUCCUUUGUGUUUAUAUGGCGUUUUGUCUGUGUUGCUGUUUAGAGUAAAUAAACUGUUUAUAUAAAGGUUUUGGUUGCAUCAUUAUUGAAAGUGUGAGGAGGCGGCCUCCGAGUGUCCCGCCCUCCCCACCUGACUGCAGCCCCACCGUGGGCCAGGACCAGGCUCUCCCAUCUGCUUUGGAUGUGCCCAGGCUGUGUGGCUCCGUCUUGCCCUGGAUCUUUGUCAACAGGGCUGUGUACAAAGUGCUGCUGAGGCUUCUGUGCUCCCAGGAUCUUCGGGCUGUAGAGCGCUGGGCAGCUAAGAUCUGCAUAGGUCGGGAUUGGCGUUGAGACCCUGGCAAGUGUGCACCGGUGCCAGCUGUCUAGAGGGCCACAGGGCCAGGUCCAGGCCAGGGCUGGAGGCUGUGUGAGGACUCCUAUCCAGGCAGCCUGCUGGCGGGGGUGCCCCUCAGUGGCUGGGUCACAGGGAUGGAGCCGUGCUGUGCACAGGGUGCCACCUCGGGUGUCUGUGUCUCACGUCCUCAGGAGGCAGCCCUGCUACCACCCCUGGCAAACACGGGGUGCUUUCUCCAGGAGAGCCCACAGCCAUGGCCCCUCCAGGGAGCGCCAGGUGGAGGGCCCUGGGCGGCCUGUGUCUGGAAUUCUUCGUCCUGAGGUUACCUGAGCGUGGCCUCUCCUGGGGAGGCUGUGCCACUCAGAAGCCGCCCUGAUGCUGAGCCCUCUGCAAAGGCUGGGCCGGCCAGGCCUCUUGGGGGCUGCCUGAGCCGUGGCUGAACCACUGUAAGAAGUGGCCUGGCUGGGAAGUUGGGUGCCAGUCACCUCCCAGCAGGAAGGUGCAGUGGACAGAGAUGGGAAGCCCUGGGGGACACAGCCCGACGCUCCCAGCCCUCCAGCCUCCGACCCACCACCCAGUCUCCGCAUCCUAGUGAGCUUGGCCCUCCUCAGUCUCGUUUCAAGCCCUGGGGCUGGAGCUGGCCCUGCUGCCCUGGUGCGCCCCGGCAGCUGGAGCUGGGUCCCGGUGGCCCAAGUGCAGGGUUCCAAGGGGGCGGGGCGGGUGCUCCCCAAAGGAGCCAAGAAUGCAGGGAGGGCGGCCCAGGGCCCUGGGAAGGGGAGCGUGGCUGCUGUGGGCUGGGAAUCGAAGUUAGAGGUGACUUCCGAAGGCCCCCCUGAGCCGGCAGUGCCCCCCGCCCCCACCGGCAGCUCUGCGGUGCCAGUGCCUUGUUCGCUCUCCGGGUUCCGUGCCCUGCAGUCACUGCGCUCUCGGUCUGACGUGUGUGGUUUGUUGAUAAUGCAGGGGGCCUUACCUGGGGAAUUCAGCUGGUUUGAAUAUUUGUAGCCCGUUCCCAGAAUGUCUUAUUUUGUAACGACGGAACUACAUUUAGUAAUAGUUACACAUGUAUAUGGUUAAUACAUAUGGAAAUUCAGUAUAUUUUGUAGUUAACGUAUUCUAAAGUAACGGAUGUUUCUAGCCAAUCGUAGUGACUUCAGCUAAUGAAAUGUUCUUUUUGUGGUACCACAGUCCUCAGCCUAACGAAGGACGUGAACCUUGUAACGGGAGAGCUCUGAAACGCGGUCACCUUUGUUUAGCGGAAGGGAGAGUGUGUUCCCGGCAUGAGGUGCCUCGGAAUUAAGAAAGAAUUGUGGGCGAUGGGUUUACCACUGUAUCUAAGAAUCCACCAAUUAAAGCAUUUGCACAGA